AUGCUGUCAGCAACUCGUCUCGCAUCCAGCCGUUCCAAGGUCGUUCCGCAUGCACUAGCGCGUCCAGACCUUGCGGCGCGACGUGUAGCAGGGCGGCGAACCAUCCAAAGGUUCCAGUCCACAGCGAGCGGCUACACAUGGUACCAUUUCUCCGGGGCCAAGACCGCCGUGAAUGCAGCGAAGCAGGCGCAAGCCUACUUUGAAGACACCAAGCGCACCAUCGCAGAGAAAGCCCCCAAGAACCCGAACGAGGCCAUCGAGUUCCUCCGCAAGACCGUCAAAUCCUACGUGGGCCUCGUCCCCGGCGCGUCCGCCUACGUCGACUCCACAUUCGACACGCUGGACGAACUCCGCACGACGCACGGCGAGGUGGUCGAGCGAGUCGUGCAGCAGGCUUACGACGAGAUGAAGCAGAUCGUGAAGGACGAUAACAGCGGCGUGAACGCGCAAACGGGAAUGAAGGUCGUGGAGGUGAUCCGACGGAGCACGAGCCAGCUUGAGGAGAUUGGCAAGAAGGCGGGCCAAGACGCGAUCCAGAAGCUUGGCGAGCGCCAUCCUGAACUCAAGGAGAAGAUUGGUGGGAGUUAUGAAGAACUGAGGAAGGCGGCCGAGAAGAACGGGCCCCAGGCGAAGAAAGUUUAUGACGAGACGACAAGACAGAUUCUCAAGAUUUUCUCCUCUGGAGUCAGUCCUGACAAACUGAAUGAAGCAAAAGACCUCGUUCAGUCCAAAGUGUCGGAGAUAAGCAACGUCGCGGGCGGUGCCUCCCAAGACGCCUGGAACAAGGCUCUGAAGGAGGCGACACCGUACCUCGAUAAGUUGCCCGACAUCCGUAAGCUGGUCGAGGAGAACGUUUCUGCGUUCGUGGCGGCCGGCGUCUCGCAGGGCGGCGCCGCGCAAGAAGUGCUUGCGCGCAUAAAGGAGGCAGCAGAGGGCGACGCAGCAAAGAACAAAGAGAAGAUGCAGGAGCUCAAGGACUUCGUGCAGGCGAAGGCGAACGAAGCGAAGCAGAGCGGAGGGAAAGGGACUGAGGGCGGCUUGCAGUCUCUGCAGGAAUGGAUACGGAGCAUGCCGGGUGGGGAGGAGGCGCUGAAGAAGGUGCCAGACUUGGAUGUCAACGCUCUGACACAGAUCGCGCAGAGCAAGGGCGAUGACGCAAAGAAGCUGAUGGGCGAAACAUACGAGGACAUUUUGAAGGUCCUCCAAGACAAGGCGGACAAGGCGAAGAAGAUCGCGGGGGAGGGAAAGGAGGAGGCAAAGCAGAAGAAGUCGUGA